AGUCUAGCCUUGACAUCCAUCCAUCUCCCGCAUCCUGCAUCCGUCCAUCCCAGACAACAAGAUCCCUCAGGAACCAGGACGGACGACCCAUAAUCCAGCUCGGCUCUGACAGACCGAAUCGGAACACCUACGGCCAGAAAUAUCCGCAGGAUAAACAGGACAGCUCUAACCACGAGAGAGCGAACCAGGAGACGAGAACGAGAGAACGUCUCCACCAUGACGAGGACUCCUGAGCCUCGGCACCACCUUAAAAUAUGUAAAUAAAUAAACUCUGAUCAGCGAAUGUCGACUCUUCAGCUUCUGCUUUUAUUUUUUUCUUCCUCCCGGCCGAGAAACCCGGCGGAAGAUUGAGCGCCGCGCCCGGGGCGACGGUCAUGGCAUCCAGGUGCUGUAAUUAAACUAAGUGGCUCCGGAUCGUCUCCCAAAAAGCGCCGUGGAGUCCAGGAGCUGCGCCUGAGCCGGCUAACCAACCCACGCUGUCACUCGGAAGGAUGAGCGUGGCUCGCCAAACCCAUGGACGCACUUUAAUUAACUAAGUGGUCCGACGGAAAGGGCGUGGUCUUCAGAAGCGUUCCCGAGAACAGCCUCGUCCGGUCGGCGUCGGGUGGCUGAGGGCCGUACAGCGGCCGGCGGAGUUUUUCGGAGGGGGGCGCGGAGUGCGAUGCGGAUUGGAGGAUGUCGGGGGACUGGGAAGAAGACCUGUGCAAGAAGGCGCUGCUGCUGGUGGAGGAGCUGUGCUUCAACGUGGGCGGUCAGAGUCAAAGCGCCAGCUGCCAGGAGUUCAGCCACAUGAUGAGGGGGAGCAACGGACAGAUAAACACAGACAUCUCGGUGAGCCUCCUGUCGGUCAUCGUGACCUUCUGCGGGAUCGUCCUGCUCUCCGUCUCGCUCUUCGUGUCCUGGAAGCUCUGCUGGUUGCCAUGGCGAGACAAUGAGGGCGGCGGCCUCAGCCUGACGGCCGGACUCCUCCCGGGCGGGGCGGGGCUGCACGGCGUGUCCGGCGGCACCUCUCUCAUCCCGCCGCUGCUGCAGAAGAAGGACGCGCACUCGUCGUCCUCACUGUACCCGUCGCUGGCACAGGCAGGCCAGCACCACCCGCACUUCCCCGACCUGACGGGCGUGGAGGGGGGCGGGGCCAUUGUGGUGGGUGGUGUGGUGGGCGGGCCUCAAGAAAUGCACGAGCACUCGUACCUGGACAUGGACUCGUACCCCAACAACGCAGGGAACAUUAAACUGAGCCAGACGUCCCCUGACUUGCCCCCACCGGACGCAGGUUCCGCUGCUAAAGACCUGACCAAUGCGCAGUCACAGCCGGUCAGCGCCAGGCCGAAGCCCAUGACCCACCAGCUCUCCAGUCCUGAUUUCCACGGCGAGGAGAAAAGCGAGCAGGUGACCAGCAUCGGCCAGAUCAAGCCUGAGCUGUACCGGCCGCGGCAGGGCGAGCAGGGCGAGGGCAAACCGGGCGACAACUGCGGCAAGAUCAGCUUCCUGCUCCGCUACGCCUUCAACACCGAGCAGCUGGUGGUGAAGAUCCUGAAAGCUCUGGACCUGCCGGCCAAGGACGCCAACGGCUUCUCAGACCCGUACGUCAAGAUCUACCUGCUGCCCGACAGGAAGAAGAAAUUUCAAACCAAGGUACACAGGAAGACCCUGAACCCGGUGUUUAACGAGACCUUCCAGUUCGGGGUUCCGCUGGCUGAGCUGCACUCACGUAAACUUCACUUCUCCAUCUACGACUUCGACCGCUUCUCCAGGCACGACCUGAUCGGUCAGGUGGUGGUGGACAACCUGCUGGACUUCAGCGAGGGCAGCGGGGAGAAGCCCAUCUGGAGGGACAUCGUCGAGGGGACGGCGGAGAAAGCCGACCUCGGUGAGCUGAAUUUCUCACUGUGUUAUUUACCGACGGCUGGCAGACUGACCGUCACCAUCAUCAAGGCCACCAACCUUAAAGCCAUGGACCUGACGGGCUUCUCAGACCCGUACGUGAAGGCGUCUCUGGUGUGUGACGGGCGGCGGCUGAAGAAGAGGAAGACGUCCAUAAAGAAGAACACGCUGAACCCCACCUACAACGAGGCGCUGGUGUUCGACAUCCCUAACGAGAACAUCGAGAGCGUCGCGCUCAUCAUCGCCGUCAUGGACUACGACUGCAUCGGUCACAACGAGGUGAUCGGCAUGUGCCGCGUGGGCAGCGACACAGACGGUCCGGGAAGAGAGCACUGGACAGCCAUGCUGGCCAACCCUCGCAAACCCAUCGAGCACUGGCACCAGCUGAUGGAGGAGAAAUCCAUCAACACGUUCGUAACGAAGAGUCCAGCACCGGCGUCCAAACCGCACAUUGUGGUGGACAGUCCUCACUCCGACUGAAACACAGGUCUACAAUCUACAAGGUGAUCGCUCCAGGCGUCCCACAUCCCCCCUCAUCUGUGAAUAAAUCGGACCAACGGAACCCACCACUCCUGAAAAACAGACCCAACACACACACACACACACACACACACACACGCAGCUAUUACCGCUUUCCUCUCCGACGGCAUGGUACCACAUCAAAAGCGCAGGAUCUCGGGAUUAUUCAGGGGAAAUCUCACGCACAUUCCCAAAAUCUAGAAUGUUUAUUUAGUUACAUAAAAUAAAACUGAGCCUGAACAUUAAAAAAGAAGAAAAAAAAAAAAAGAAGAUUUUUAAGACGUACGUGGUGUAUCAGGAUGUGGACGAGCGUGUGCUGUAUUAUUAUUAUUUAUUUUUUACCUGAAUGUCAAGCUGAGGGCCUCGGAGUUAAAAAAAACAAACAAACAAACAAACGGGCGAGUCUUCGAGGAGGAACUUGAGGACGGAGCCUCGGGCUGAGCAUGCUGCGCAUCCUGGAAACGCGUCCCCCACCUCGACGUGCUUUUAUUUUUUAUAUAUUUGCUCAUCCGUUUUGUUCGAAACACGGCCGUUUUCACGAUGAGUGCAGGACAAUUUUGGAUGGAUCGGACUCCUCUGAGGAUGGAGAAGAUGGGAAAGCGGCACCUUCAGCGAAAAGGAUUCUGCCAUAGUCUUUUAUUUUUCUAGCAUCCGAACCGCCGGUUUGUUUCCUCACCUCCCUCGAGAGGACGUCUGUUCCCUCUCGCCGCCGUGUUCUCGUCCGUUAAAGUGUUCCGCGCGUCCGGUCGUCGCGUUUUGUACGGUUCGGUUGUUCGUACGUGUGUGUAUUGCGUUGCUCGUAUGCCUGUGCGUCUGUGUCCCGUCACCGUGGUCCCGUGUAUCACGUCACGUGUCCUGCUGCCCGAACCCCACCCGGCGGAUCCAUGUUAGAACGAGAGCUCCUGUCCUGUCCCGUCCUGUCCCGUCCUGUCCCGUCCUGUCCUGUCCCGUUCGUGUCCUAGAAGAACAGCUCGGUGUUCUCACGGUGUUCUAAGCUGGUGGCCACAAACGCUGCGGAGGGUGUGUUUUGAUUUUAUUAUGAUUAUUUUAUCCUUUACGCCGAUUUUCUUUAACCCUGAAUGUUACAGCGAGCGGAGGCAGAGAUAAAUAAACCACAUCUGACUUUACCGCUAUAGGACCAAAAGUAUUCGGACACCUGACCUGAGAAGGCAUCUCACACUGAAUACUUCGAAGUCUGUCUGUGGGAAUUUGUGCCCGUUCAGGCAAAAUAUGACAGCAUUUGUAUGGCAGGGCGCUGAUGUUGACGUUCCGGUUCAUUACAGAACAGUUCAGCCUGGUGGUUAAGGUACUGGACUAGUAAUCUAAAGGUUGCUGGUUCAAGCAUCACCACUGCCUGUUGGGCUCUUGAGUGAGGCCCUUAACCCUUAAUUGCUUAUACAAUAUACUGUCACAGUACUGUAAGUCACAUUGGAUAAAGGCGUCUGCUAAACGUAACUGUUGAGUGGGGCUGAGGUCAGGGGUCUGUGCAUGCUGGAACAGGAAAGGUCCCUCCCUAAACUGUUUCUGCACACUUAGAAGCAUACUUUCCACCAUAUAGCUGAUUUAUGACACCUGUUAGCGACUGUUGUGGCUCAAACACGUGAAUUCAGACGUUAAAAUAGAAAAGAAGAGGCGUCCCAAUACUUUUGUCAAAUUCUACCAUUUUUUUUAUUUAUUUAAGGUGAAGGUGGCCACCCAAGGACUGUUGGGCCCUUGAUAAAGGCCCUUAACCCUCUAAUGCUUAGACAGUAUACUGUCAAAUUAUUGUAAGUCACAUUGGAUAAAGGCGUCUGCUAAAUGUAAAUGUUGAGCAGGGCUGUGGUCAGGGGUCUGUGCAUGCUGGAACAGGAAAGGUCCCUCCCUAAACUGUUGCUGCACCUGUUAGUGACUGUUGUGGCUCAAACACGUGAUUUCAGACGUUAGAACAGGGCGUCCCAAUACUUUUGUCAAUUUCUACAAUUGAUUUUUUGAUUUAAGAGAAAAUUGAUUGUCGUAUCCUAACAAAAUCCUGAAGGUGGUGGGGUCAGAGCCCGUCCGUCUCUCCGGCUUUCACGACCUCACGUCUGAGGUCCGCCUCCCGUCUCUGCCUCCGUCCGCGCCCCUCGUCUCACCCCUGUCGGUGUCCGUGUAGCCCCGGGUGACCGUGGGGGAACGGUGAUGUCUGCAUGCCUAUAUUAACAUGGAUGAUGUCAAACUUGAUGCAUUGAGAAUUUUUUUAAUAAGUCAAAAAUGCUCGAGAAGCCAAAAAAGAGAAAAAAAUAAAGCAGAGGAGAGUGACGGGGCGACGCUGCGCCUCUCGCUGGAAUCCGUGCUUCUGUUCGUCCGUCGGCUCUUUACGUUCGAGAUGUUUUACUUUUUUAUGAGUUUAGAUCCAGAUGAAGAGAUCUGAAGAGCGAUGCGAGAAUACAAAACACUCCCGUGAUCUGAGUGAUGAUGAAGGUGGUCGAAAUAAAAGAUAUGUACCAAA